CGCACACGGGUGGCCUCCUUUCAUCGCCUUCGCUGCGGUGGCACGUUCUAUCUCCUCCUUCCGUUCUAGAUUUAACGCACGUGCAGACUGCGGACUCCCAACCAUCGUUCCACGCCCCGCAGCUCUUGCUCUUCUCUUUCUCCGAUUAUUUGAUCUCGAGAUACAAGCUAAUUCAGAAGCGAAAUCGGUUAAAGAAACAAAAGCUUUUUUUUUCUUGAUAGUGCAGUUCCUCGAAUCAAGAUUCUAAGAUGCGGGACAAACCCUUGUGGGUUCCCCCCACUCUAAACCUCCACUUCCUCGAGCGGCUACUCCCCUCACCUCUCAAGCUCCUCCCUCCCAACCCCAACCCCAACCCCAACCCCAACUCCCGCCACCAAACCCAAAUUUCCGAUCCCAACCCCGCUCCCAAUCCCAUCACUCCCCUCGCUCCCCUCCCCCAAUCCCCGCCCGGGAACGCGACCCUCGGCGAAUUCUUCGCCACCAUGACGCGCUCCCUCCAAUCCGUCCUCCCCCGCCGUCCUCCGCCGGUAAGCCGCCGCCGGCGCGCCGACGCCGGCUGCGCGGUGCCGCUCUUCCGGCCCUACGUCGCGAAGGUGCCGUGGCACGGCGGCCCCCGGGCGCUCCUGUCGCAGCUCUUCCCCCGCUACGGGCACUACUGCGGGCCGAACUGGUCGAGCGGCAAGAACGGGGGGUCGAUGCUCUGGGACCAGCGCCCGAUCGACUGGCUCGACUUCUGCUGCUACUGCCACGAUAUCGGCUACGACACCUACGACCAGGCGAAGCUCCUCAAGGCCGACCUCGCGUUUCUUGAGUGCUUGGAGAAGCCCAGGAUGGCCACCAAGGGUGGCGCCAAUGCUGCACUCCUCUACCGAGCCAUGUGUAUUGCAGGAUUGAGGAGCAUACUCAUACCUUACAGGAUGCAUCUUGUGAACCUGCAGUCUGGACCCUCAUUUGUAGAGAUGUUUGGCAAUUUUAUCAGUAAACUACAAUUGCCAGGCAAGAUAGAGACUGCGAACCAGAAGGAGAGAUUGUGAAAGAGAUUACACUACUAGUGAAUCUGUUCUUUUGGUGGUUUCGGAUUCUUGUGCGACAAGAGACCUUCUUCGCAUCUUAUGUCCAUAGGUUCAGCUGGUUAGAUGUGGUUUCUUCGAGUCUGAAUUGUUUGGGUUCUCGCCAAAUUGCACAUAUUUACUAUACAUGAUUUAUCUUGUUGUAGAUCAUUCUGUAUGCUAGAGCAGAGCUGUGCAUAUGUUUAAUUUACUAAUUACUUGUAAAGAAACUAGGAAAUUGUGUUACCUUUUGGUAAAUUUCCGUGAUUCAGUUGAUAUAGUUUGAAUAAUGUCUUUAAUUA